AUGGAUGUGGGGACGGAUUCUGCGGGAGAGGCGCCGGUAACGACGGCGGCGGAGGCAACGCGGGAGGAGUCGCAGGAGGGGAGGAUAGAGGGCGGCGAUGGGGACGAGGCCCUGGUGGGCAGGGCGCAGAGGCUUGUGUCGAAGAUCAUGGACGCCCGGGCGAACCCUAAUCCCAGACAUAUCCAUGCGCUUGCCACCAUGCUGGAAACCCAGGAGACCAGGUUACUCCUCCCUCGCCCGUUCGUCGACGGAUUGUUUUUAGUUUGUCUCUAUUAAGUUAUUCGGAGUCGGAUGUUUCCUUCAUUGGUAUUUUGAGCAUCAUGUAACGAUUUUUUUCCAAUGUUUUUUCGUUAUUUUUUUUUGUGUUGUUGUUUUUUUUUUUUGUUGUUGUAUCUGUGUAGUGGAUAGUGUCACUUUGCGGCAUAUAAGGUUGCGUUUAUACUCGUGUUUUCUUCAUAUGUCCUCCGAGGCUGAUAAUUCUUGGAAUGCGAGAACGUGCUUUACGGCUCGGGGUUUUGUGAAAAAAUUCCGGUUAAUGUCAAGGUAUAUUUACCUGUUGCUUAUUCUGCGUGGCGCAAAGAAGAACGGUAAAAAAAAAAAUCCAAUUGGAAAAAAUAUGGACGUAAGCAUUCGGGGUUAUCUCCCCACUCCACUUUCAUCCUAGACCACAGUUUGAUGAAAUUGGGUGCUUUCUUUGAAGGUGGCCUUUAUUACCGUAGAAAAAACGUUGGAUACAUCAUCUGGAGGUAUAUUUAACUUGUUAAUCUGGAAAGAACGAGGGAUAGAUUUCUGAAGAGGCUGGUGAAAUCGUCUUUAUUUGAUACUGUAUUUCAUUUCGUGUUAGUUGAAAUAGUUCUGGUUAUUUCUAUUUUGAAAGAAUUUUUAUUAUUUCCACUUGGUUUUUCUUAAAUUUAGAUAUAUGCAAGAGUCUGGAAGUUCAUCUUUCAACAAUGGGCGUGCGUCUCAUGUCAUUGGAAGACUGGGAAAUUUGAUUCAGGUGCUUUGGUAUUUGCGUUGUUUUUUUCUCUCAUGAUGUUAAGUGUUAUAUCAUGCUAAUAUGGACUAUCCAUGAUAACUUUUUUAGUUUUGUGUCUGGGAAAUUGAUCACCUCGCUUGUUCCUCAUUUUCUGUAUUCAGGAUAAUGAUGACUUCUACGAUUUAGUCUCGUCUAAAUUCCUAUCAGAAAAUAGAUACUCUGUCAGUGUUCGUGCAGCCACUGCGAGAUUAAUUCUUAGCUGCUCCUCAACGUGGAUGGUUGGUGCUCACGUUGUUCUCUCUUUCAUAUGCUAUUUUAUUGCAUUCGUAUUACAUAUUUGCUGACUUCAAGUUUUUUACAUGCCUGCGUUUGGUCAUCAUCCUAGUAUCCCCCUGUUUUUGAUGACGAUGUUCUGGAGAAUAUUAAAAGUUGGGUAAUGGAGGAUAUUGCUUGUGCUUCUGGUGAUCAAUGCAAUUGGAAGAGCGAAUUAGGGCAGAACAAGCCCACAGAUUCUGAGAUGCUGAAGACAUAUUCCACCGGACUUCUUGUCAUUUGUCUUACUGGGUACAGUCCCUAGAUGAUUUACACUCGAUUUUUUGUUGCUAUUUUUUCUUAUUAUUUACAGCUUUGUCAAUGCUCUUUCCAGUGGUGGUCAAUUGGUAGAAGACGUAUUGACAUCUGGCCUGUCAGCAAAACUUAUGCGUUAUCUUCGAAUGCAUGUCAUCGGAGAGGUCAAUGCUAGUCAGAAGGAUGCCACUUUCCCAUCAGAGAACAAGCAUGCGUCAGGUGCCUCUCUGAGAUGCAGGGAAGAAAAUAGAAGAAGAUUGCGCCCAGUGACUGAUGCCACUCGCUCAGAGCCAUUGCGAAUAGGCGAUGAGAUAUCAUCAGGUGACCAAAGUGCUGAGAGAGAGCGGGAUCGAAGCAAUGCGAUUAGGAUGACAGAAGGAGAAGAGUGUUGGGCGGACAGUCCAGAGAAUUUGAGACCUGAUCUAGGUGACUCACCAUCUGAAAUUGCUGGCAUGUUUCAAUUGGCCGAGGGAGAUGUUGAACAGAUAGAGGAAAAAUGGUGCAGUCGAGAUGUAUUUGAUGGAAGAUCAAGGGGAAAUGAAAGACAUGGUCCAAGCAGAUCCUCUCGUGAUGAAGAUUGUGACGAGAAUGAUUUGUCAAGGCGAAGGAUGAACCGAGGACUGAUGAGAGCUAGAGGAAAAGGAAGGAUAAACGAAGGAAGCUUAGAUACUGAACAAUUGACUUCCCCCAGUAGUGAAUCUAGAGUGGGACGGGGCCGGGGUGUUAGGGACAGGAACUUCCUGAAAAAUGAGGAUGCAAAAACAUCACCGGAUAUCAAAAACUCGAUGCAUCGAUUGGACACUGAUUGUUUUGGAAAUGGAGAUGACAGUGACGAUCGUUUCAGGGAAUGUACUAUUGGAUCAAGAGAUAUCUCCGACUUAGUAAAGAAAGCAACCCAGGCUGCUGAAGCUGAGGCUAGAGUCGCUAAUGCACCACCAGAGGCAGUCAAAGCUGCAGGAGAUGCUGCUGCUGAGCUUGUCAAGACUUCUGCUUUGGAGGUAAAAUUUUAAGCUGUUUAACUUUCAUUGGGGCUGUGGUUGCAAUUGUUCUUACUUUUCUGUGUCUCUAGGCUUGGAAGAGUACAAACGAUGAAGAAGCUGCUGUUCUAGCUGCUUCUAAGGCAGCAUCAACUGUUGUAGAUGCUGCAAUAGCUACGGAUAUGUCCAGACAAGCUCAAGCGUAAGCCUUUUCAAGUGUAGAUAUCUGUAUACCUUUUUUCUUUCUAGAUUUUGUGUUUUAGUGUCAUUUUAUUAUCUCUUUGAUGCAGUUCCGGCAAUUCCAAUGAGGAACCGCCGACUUGUGAGGCUGUGGAACUUGAAAAGGAUGAGUCAGAAGAAUUCUGUAUUUUGGAUGAUGAACCACUCGCAGAGUUGAGGGAAAAAUACUCUAUUCAAUGUCUUGAGAUUUUAGGGGAGUACGUUGAAGCUUUGGGCCCCGUCCUGCAUGAGAAAGGUGUUGAUGUCUGUCUUGCAUUAUUGCAGCGGUGUUUCAAGAAUAAAAGCUCUCCUCAGGUCUUGGUACUACUUCCUGAAGUAUUGAAACUAAUUUGUACCUUAGCUGCUCAUAGAAAGUUUGCAGCUGUAUUCAUUGAUCGGGGUGGUAUUCAGAAACUCCUUUCUAUUCAGAGGGUUUCUCAGACAUUUUUUGGCCUUUCAUCAUGCUUAUUUACCAUUGGAACCCUUCAGGUAAUGGUAGAGAGAUCGCUAGCGGAAAUGCUUGACAGCUUUGUGCCUUAAGUUUUACGUUUUACUUCAAAAUUUUCAUGAUAUGUUUCAUAGUUUUCUAAUAAAACAAAAUUUAACUGCAGGGAAUAAUGGAGCGUGUAUGUGCUCUUCCGUCUGACAUUGUUAAUCAAGUGGUCGAGUUAGCACUUCAGCUUCUUAGCUGCUCCCAGGAUCAAGCUAGAAAAAAUGCUGCAAUUUUUUUUGCAGCUGCAUUUGUUUUCCGCGCAGUGCUGGAUUCAUUUGAUGCUCAGGAGGGAUUGCAAAAGAUGUUGAAUCUUCUUCAUGGCACAGCAUCGGUGAGAUCAGGUGGCAGUUCUGCAGCGCCAAACCUGCCUAAUGCAACAACGCUUCGGAAUGAUCGAUCACCUGCAGAUGUUCUCACUUCUCUGGAAAAGCAGAUAGCAUAUCAAACAUGCGUUGCUCUACGCCAGUAUUAUAGGGCCCAUCUACUUUUGCUUGUAGAUUCCCUUCGUCCUAACAAAAGUAGUCGGAGUUUACCUCGACAUAGUUCAAGCGCAAGAUCUGCAUAUAAGCCUCUUGACAUCAGCAAUGAGGCUAUGGAUGCAGUGUUUCUCCAGAUUCAGCGGGAUAGGAAGCUUGGAGCUGCGUUUGUGCGAACUCGGUGGCCACCUGUGGACUACUUUUUAUUCUAUAAUGGCCAUAUCAUUAUGCUGGAAUUAUGUCAUGUAUGGGCAUCACUUUUACCUUGCUUCUCUUUUCAGCAUUAGUCGUCCCUUCUCUUUCAGAAGAUGAUAUUUAUUUGAUUUGAUCUUUCCUACUUGAUUCUGUGUCUCAGGCACCACCUGCCGAACGAUAUUUGCAUGACUUGGCACAAUAUGCACUGGGCGUUCUUCAUAUUGUAACAUUGUUCCCAUACAGCCGGAAGAUGAUCGUAAAUGCCACUUUGAGUAAUGAUCGUGUAGGCAUGGCGGUCAUUUUGGAUGCAAUAAAUAGUGCAGGAGGUGUUGAUCCCGAGGUAUUUAAUCUCUUGAGUUUGAGUGAGACUGCUCUAAUUAAUGCAUUGAUGAAUUGCUAAAAAAUAGAUGCAAUUUUUCCAAAUGCAGGUUAUUCAACAAGCAUUGAAUGUACUUGUUAAUCUCGUUUGUCCUCCCCCUUCAAUCAGCAACAAACCUCCUGCGCAAGGUCAGCAGUCUGCCCUUGCUUAUAUGCUAAAUGCUGCUGGUGCUGAGAACAUGGAGAGGUAUUACGAAAGAUCUGUCUCAGACCGAACAGCUCCCUUGCCCGUUCAGACCGUUCAAGAGGCUGCUCUUGUGGAGCGCAGCAGUUCGGCACCACUUGUUUCAUCAUUUCCAAGCUCUAGUUCAGGCAUAGUGUUGUCAAGCAUUACCUCUGGUGUAGUCGGAGAUCGGAGGAUAUCCUUAGGCUCCGGGGCUGGUUGUGCCGGUCUUGCUGCCCAGCUAGAACAAGGUUAUCGCCAGGCAAGGGAGUCUGUUCGUGCCAACAAUGGCAUCAAGGUUCUUCUACAUCUUCUCCAUCCUCGGAUGAUCACCCCGCCUGCAACUUUGGACUGUCUUCGCGCACUUUCUUGCCGAGUCUUGCUUGGUUUAGCCAGAGAUGAAACGAUUGCCCACAUACUGACGCAGCUGCAGGCAAGUGCUCGCUCUUUUUCUGUUCUUAAGACGGUUUCAGAUUACUGUUUUUGGCCGCGAAUCAGUAUUGGGUAUGGUGUUCGAUCGUCAUUCUCAUGUGCGGUGCAUGUUGGAUUGUUGGCCUCAGGUCGGGAAAAAGCUGUCUGAACUUAUACGUGACCAUGGUGGUGGCCAGUCCUAUGGAACUGAACAGGGCAGGUGGCAGACCGAGCUGGCCCAAGUGGCCAUCGAGCUUAUUUCAGUAAGUAGUACCAUGGUAUUAUGGAAAUAUAUUUGCUCUCAUGAUUUUCACUUGAAUCCCAGUCAUCUCUCUCUCUCUCUCUCUCUCUUGCUUGUAAAUGUAGAAGUUUCAUUAUUUAUCUGCCCUUAGCAGGAAGUGCGUACUAGUAUGACACUUGUGAAUCAUCGCUCUUUUAUCAUUCUUUUUUCUUUUUAAAGCUGCAGGUCGUCCAACAGAUUCAGAUUUUAUUUAUUUAUUUUAAAACCUUUUUUUAAUCCGCAGAUAGUAACAAACUCUGGGCGGGCAUGCACAUUGGCAGCCACUGAUGCUGCUGCUCCUACCUUACGGCGCAUUGAGAGAGCAGCGAUAGCUGCAGCCACUCCAAUCACCUACCAUUCCAGGUUAAUCUCACUCAUAUUUUUACUAUUUAUUCCCUCAGGUUGCCAACUGGCUCUUACUAUUUAUAUAUAUUGAAAAAUAUAUAUGUCUCUCUUCUUUGGAUCCCAGGGAGCUGCUGCUUCUCAUACACGAACAUCUCCAGGCUUCGGGCUUAACAGCUACUGCUGCUUUACUACAGAAGGAAGCUCAGCUGGUCCCUCUGCCUUAUCUGGCUGCACCACAGCUUCUCCAUCAAGCCUGCGUCCAAGACGCACAUUCGACAGAGCUCCAGUGGCCUGCUGGGCGCGCCCCACUGGGGUUUCUCUCUGAACCGUCGCAGGCAGGAUCGCGAGACGAGGAGGCUAGCAGCAAGCAUGACCCCUCUUCUUCGGCCUCCUGUAAGAAGAAACAACUGCAGUUCUCGUCCAGUAUCUCUCAGGGGAAGACCCAGGGCCCGCCCAAUCCGCCGCCAUCGGCUGCCAAGGUGUCCUGUGCUUUGAGAACCCCUUCCGGGCUUGGCUGCUUACCAGAUGCCGACGCGGAAGCUCAGUACAGAACUCCUAUACUCUUGCCCAUGAAGCGGAAGCUGAUGGACAGCAAGGAUGCUGCCGGCGGCGUCGGCACACCCGCAAAGAAGAUCUUUACACCAGACUCUGCACCUCAAUCGGCGGCUUUCCGGACACCCAACUCUGCCCGCAGAAGCUAUCUCCUGCCGGAUUCCCUUGGAUCAGCUGCUGCUGCUGCUGCGGCUUCAUUUGGCGGCACGCCGAGAGAGCAGCUCGACCAGAACGAUCUACUGCCCGACGGCCCCGAGAGAUCAUUCCUGGGAGGACCUACAACCCCGCACAGCGCUAUUGUUCAGGAUCCGCAGGUCGGUGGAGUUUUCGAAAGGGUGACCCUCGAUUCACUGGUGGUGCAGUACCUGAAGCACCAGCAUCGGCAAUGCCCGGCACCGAUAACCACGCUGCCGCCGCUCUCCCUCCUGCAACCACAUCUGUGCCCGGAGCCGAGCCGCAGCCUCGACGCGCCAGCAAAUGUGACGGCGAGGAUGAGCACCCGGGAGUUCAAGAAGCAGUACGGCGGGAGCCACGGCCACCGGAGGGACCGCCAGUUCGUCUACAGCAGAUUCCGGCCGCUCCGCAACUGCAGGGACGACGCCGCCCUCCUCACCUGCGUCACCUUCCUCGGCGACGCUUCCCGGAUCGCCACGGGGAGCCACUCCGGGGAGCUCAAGAUCUUCAAUUCGGACAACGGUAAUGUGCUAGAGAACCAGUCUUGCCACCAGUCCCCGGUCACGCUGGUCCAGUCGGCCUUCAGUGGGGAGAGCCUCCUCGUCCUCUCGUCGGGGACCUACGACGUGAGGCUGUGGGACGCGGCUUCUCUGUCGGUGCCACUGCAUUCAUUCGAAGGGUGCAAAGCGGCGCAGUUCAGCCACUCUGGGGCAAUGUUCGCGGCGCUCUCCACGGAGGCCACGCGGCGGGAGGUUCUCCUCUACGACGUCCAGACAUGCGACCUCAUCGUCAAGCUCUCUGAUGGCACGAGCGGCUCUUCGGGCCAGGUUCGAGGGCACAUGCAGUCUCUCAUACACUUCAACCCCUUGGACACGAUGCUGCUGUGGAAUGGGGUCUUGUGGGACCGGCGGGUCUCCCGCCCUGUUCAUCGCUUCGACCAAUUCACCGACUACGGCGGCGGCGGCUUCCAUCCUUCUGGGAACGAGGUCAUCCUUCUCCCUGUGCAGAUCCAUCGGAUGGCCUUGCCGAAGACCUGCAACCUUAAUCUCAUGCCGGAAUUGCUUCUUGCAGGUAAUCAUAAACUCGGAGGUUUGGGAUCUGAGAAAGUUCAGGCUCCUCCGGAGCGUGAUGUCGCUCGACCAGACGGUGAUCACGUUCAACGCCAGCGGGGACAUCAUCUACGCAAUCCUCCGGCGGAAUCUCGAGGAUCUUGCGUCGGCGGUGCAGACGCGCCGGGUCCGGCACCCGCUCUUUCCGGCGUUCCGGACGAUCGACGCGGUCAAUUACGCCGACAUCGCGACGGUUCCGGUGGAUCGGUGCGUCCUCGACCUGGCCACGGAGCCGACGGACUCCAUCAUCGCCGUGGUCGCCAUGGACGACCACGAGGAGAUGUUCUCCUCCGCGCGGCUCUACGAGAUCGGGAGGCGGCGGCCGACGGACGACGACUCGGACCCCGACGACGUGGUCGAUUCUGAUGAAGAGGAUGACGACGAAGACGAGGACUCCGAGGCUGAUGUGGACUCGAUUCUCGGGGCGGAUCUAGACGUAGACGGGAUCAGCGAUGCCGAGGACUUGAGCAACGACGAUGAAGACGACAUCGACAGCGGGGACGAGCUUGACGACGACAACGACUUCAACAUCGAUGGCGUGGCCUUUGGUGGGGCGCAGGGGAUCCUCGAGAUCGUGACAGAAGGUGAGGAUGAGGACAGCGAGGUCUUGGAGUCCCUCAGCAGCGGCGAGGAGGCAGAUUUUUCAGGCAAUGGCUUUGGCUUCUGA